GCCAUCUGGAGUCCAUCGUAGGGCUACUCUGGAGAGGUCUGCUAGCGGAGCACAUGUCUAAUCCAUGCAUUUAGAAGAUUUAACAAGCAAAUCACCGUUUUGAUGAGUAUGUUAUCUGGGCUGAGUUCCAGAUGUGUAAAUCCUUCCCUGCACAAAACGGCCUAAACGAAUGUUGACUUCUCGUGUUUUAGUAACAUUUGUUUAUAGACAAGAGACGAUCAGCAGAGACUGCUUUAUCAUGUAGAAACAAAAUUUCUACACUCGUCUUAUAAGAAGAAGGGAAAACAUUAACUGUGUCCUGUCAAAUCGGCAAGCUGAUACAAGGUGAGAGGGGGAGGUAAGGCGACGCAACUUCUCACAAGAGAGACAGGCACCUGUCUCGCACAUUGAAGCAGCAACAUCAUGUUGCCUGGUGGUUCUUUGAGGCACAGAGGAUCACACAAUGUUACUGACAGCAUGAUGCGGCUAAAUUCAGUUGUCAAAGACUCAGCACGCCGCUUCAAAGGCCUUCCAUUUUUAGCUAAGCUUAUGUUUAUAUUUUCUCUCGUCGUUUCUCUUUUGCUGUAUGGAUUUAUUUUUCAAUAUUUUGUUAAGACUGACAUCAAAGAUGACAAAUUUUUAGAGAAUGACUUUUGUCCAGCUUGUCUUGGGCAUAGCGGUUGUGGAUUAAUUUACUUUGACCAGGUACAUUUGUCAGGAUUGUCUGGCUAUCGUGUUAAUCAAAUUUUCAACACCAAAAACAUAUACUAUGGCAGUAUGGGUGAUCAAAAGAUUGUUUUCAAAAAACUUGGAUCUGAUACAGAAAUAAGGGAAUUGGAUAAAAAGAUAUGCAAAGAAGCCAAUCGCCCUGAAGGAUGUGAUGUGCCUAGAGUUUUAUUUAAAACUGAUGCAUCAAUCGAACUAAGGAAAGAAGCAUUGCAGCCUAAGCAUCUCAAACAAUCUGUAGGGAUGUUUACUUGUGCCUCAUAUCGUCUUUUGGACCGACUGUGGACUUACUACAAGGAGAAGCGCAAAGAGGACAUGAUCAUGUUGGGUGACAAGAUGCAAUUGUGGUAUACAGCUAACCUCAAUUCUGAACCCCUUCUUCUGCAGACAUUUCCAGCAAGUGAACGGUGGCCUUUUCCUCACUACUAUGGUGCUUGUGGUCGACACAUUCUGGUGGAACAUGUAGGAAAAACUCUUGAAGAGUAUAGGAAUGAGCCAUUCCACAAGAGGGCUGGCAUUGCUUACGAGCUUUUGAAAAUCGCAGAACUGUUGACAAACAACAAUGAGGACUUUGCUCUCUACAUGACUGAUUUGAAUUGGGAAAACUUUGGCGUUGAUGCUGCUGGGAAAGUUCGCAUUUUGGAUGCAGAAAAUAUUAUUGUUGUGGACAAACUUGCUUUGGAAGCUAAAAAACCCAGGAAGUAUGAUGAAUUUCUUCAGAGCAUGCACCAUCUUUGUGAAGACAGCAGAUGUCUGGCCUUUAACGCUAAUGACCUUUGCACUCGCCUCCAUAGUGACCACAACUACUAUGCUGUGUGUUUCAACUUGCUGGACCCACUUAUGACUGAUCCUCUGAUGCCAGGAGGGCUGCUUCAUAAUAUGCCAGAAGAGGCAAAAGAUUUCUGGGAUCUGGAGCAUCUUCUUAAUGAAUGCACUCGCCCAUCCAAGAUUAAAGGCCGUAUUCUAGCCAAAGACAAACUGAUGACGGCUUUGAUGAAUCUUCGUGACCAGAGCACUGGCCACCAGAACAAACCAGACAUGGGGAUGUAUCACGGAAGAGACUUGCCAGUGAAAGAAGAGGAUUUUGAUUUAGUGCCACGAAAGGAAGGGGGAUUCCAAGCCAUUCCAAAGAAAAACCAGGAAGUCGAAAAGGCAGGUAAUCAAGAUGGUCAAGCAAAGUCCGAGUAAAUGGACUGAAAAAUUAUGUCAUCCAUUAAUCAUGAAAGUGUGCACCACUUAACAGGGCUGCUUCUGUUUCCAGUCUUUUCUUUAGGUUUACCUAUAGCUAGAUGAUGGAUGGAUAAAUGAAUGAAUGAAUAAACAAACAAAAUGAAUGAUAUUGGUGACAUUAGCGACUGCUCAUUAGAUAUAUUGUCUCACUUUUAAAGGAGAAUACUUGAUGUGUUUCCAAGUUUCUGCGGUAGCAUAACCUGGAAAUAAGCAUACAUUCCUGAUUUUGGUUGCAUUUUGCAAGUACAUUAGCUGUUAGACGGAGAGUCAAAAGAGUCUUUUUUUUAUUUUUUUCUGGAACCUGAGAGAAUAACAGUAGGAGAGAAUGUAGCAGUUUAAAGAUUUGGAGCAACUUUUGUUGUUAUUGCUGUUGUUCUGUCAACACAGAGGUCGCAGGAUGAUGUUAAUGCAGUAUGAAGUCCAAAUAUGUUUACUCAAACAAUAUUUUGCUGAAUUUUCGCAUCCAUAAGUUUCUCUAUCUCGUUUGUUCAGCUCAAUUUUGUUGGACCAGCCCCUGUGGCUUUUUUUCCAAUGUCUUAGAAUAGUAAAAUGUUAAUUUUUAGAUCAAUAAUGAUAUAUGAUUGGACCCAAACAUUGUGAUCACCACAGCUAUAUAUAUAUUUUUGUUUCAUCCAUCUCAUGCAGAUUUGUACAUCUCUACACUUUAAAAAAAAAAUGUUAUACCUCUUGCUGAUGGACUGUUUUACGGUCAACAAAUAUUUGUAUAUAUUUGUAAAGUAAAACAUAUUUUGUAAAGUAAAACCACUCUUAGAUAA